AUGCUUCUUCUAAUUUUAUUAACUAUUUUAAUUAAAUUAUAUUUAAAUUCAAUUGUAUGUUGUCAGUCUGACGAAAUAAGUUCCUUACCUGGGAUUAAUUUUACGCUUAAUUUUAAGCAUUAUUCGGGAUAUUUGGAUGCAGGAAAUGACAAUUUAUUCUUUUACUGGUUUGUGGAAUCCCAAGGAAAUCCAAAAACAGAUCCAUUGGUUUUGUGGCUAAAUGGAGGUCCUGGCUGCUCAUCUCUUGGUGGCCUAUUUAAUGGAUUAGGUCCAUAUUUAAUCAACAAAGAUGGCAAAACUCUUCGCCAAAAUCCUUAUUCAUGGAAUAAAUAUGCCUCAAUUUUAUUUAUAGAAUCCCCCGCUUGGGUUGGAUUUUCUUACAAAAAUAUACCCAAAAAUGUAACCACAGGUGAUAAUGAGGUUGUUGUAGCCAAUUAUGCGGCAUUAAAAGAUUUUUUGAAGAAAUAUCCUUCUUUUAAAGCAAAUCCCUUAUUUCUCACUGGCGAGUCUUACGCGAGUACCUAUCUUUCUAUGCUUGCUUCUAAAAUUGUGGAUAAUAUGAAAGAAACUUCUUUGAAUUUAAAGGGUGUUGCUAUAGGUAAUGGUGUAAUGAGCUAUAUAAUUUUACAAAAUACUCUGUUGGAUUACAACUAUGGUCAUGGUCUGAUUGACGAGCAACUUUGGAAUAAAUUUAAAGUAAAUUGUUGCAAAUGUGUUGGUAAUUAUUUUUAUUUGGUUAAAUAA